AUGGCAAAUCCAUUCGGUUUACUAAGAGAUAGUCAAGCAAUUGGAGAAGCAGUACAUCUUACUGUUUUUACAACAUAUUUUGUUCCGAUGACAUUUUUGUUUAAAACUACUUAUAUACUAAUAUCUCUGGCUUGGCUUCUGGCAGCGCUACCAACGGUUUAUUAUUACGGCAUUGGAAGUUGUCGUUUCCAAUAUUUUGAUGAUUACUGGCGUUUCGGAUUUGCUCAAAAUGAACGAUGCCCUGAAAUUCCGUUACCGACGAAUGUCAUAACAUUUAGUGCAUGUACAUCCGUUAUAAUAAUCCUGGACUUUAUUUCUCUUUACCGUGUCAGAGUGCACAAUCGGAAAAUAAUGAAUUUACAACAACAUUCUGGCUGGAAUAAUGCAAGAAGAGAUGAUGAAGUGAAUUUUUUGAAACAAACGUGUCUACAGUCGCUGUUGUUUACACUAGGUAUUGUUGCGUACUUUGUGCUUCCAUAUCAUUUUGAGUAUCCAUGGAUCAAUUUCGGCUUUACCACCGUCACCUGGGUAUCCGUUCAUACUUUUGAUGGAAUUAUGACAUUACUGUAUAAUCGAGAAUUCCGUAGCAUAUUUCAAAAGAAUAGACAACGAAUAGCGUGGAUAAAUUCGUCAACGCGACAGGAAUUGCAGCAAACGGAACGGAGCAAAAAAAGCUUUCUCGACAAUGCCAUAUUUUUCGUGAAAGUUCGUCGAAUAUAA